AUGCGAUCGACAUAAAACAGAUCUUGAAUGUGUGCGCGUGAAGUUACAAUCGUUUCAGUUAUGUUGACAUGUUACAGUGUAGUGUGCGCGCGUUCUUACGCAUCAGAUUUCGCAAUUAAAGCGUAGUAAAGAUACGUCACGAUAUACACCCACUUUUUCUCGAGCUGCGAUUGGUCCGUCGUAAAUGAUUCGUCGAGGACGAAUUUGCCAGGGCCGACAAACAAGAUUGUUUUUCACUCGCGACGACUUCCUAGUGCGUCGCGGCGCUCAUUUCAGGAAUCUGAAAAUAUGAUCGAAGGAAUGCAUUUUGAUUGAUGAUUGUCGAGAUUACGCAGAGAGAGAUGGUGAUAAUCCGAUAAUCGGAUUUACUUGAGUUUGAGGAGUUUAUAAAAGCGAUAUGGUCAUAGAGAUUUGGCAUAGUCUCGUUACAAUCGCCAUGAAGUUCGUUUACGUUAUUUUGGUAUUUAUCUCUUUAGCUUCGGCGGAGCUAGAAAUUCUGAAUAUUAUAGACAAUGUAAAUUCAGAUACUAAUAUAAAUAACGUUGUGGACGAAUUUAUUCCUCAAAUUUCGCAAUUUAUUGUCAAUAAUAACCUGGACCCACUCAAUCUCCCACAAACGAAGACAAAAUUAUGGAUGGACCUUUCGGACACCACCAUUUCGAACCAAGUCGAACCAAUGAUAUACAAAGCCGAUCUCAUUUUGCACUCGGGUAUACUGAAACGUUUGUCCGAUUUGAAGCGUUAUGGCAACGCCACCUUAAGUUACAAAGCUGAAGACGUAAAGCUGAAUCUUGGCUUCGAAUUUAAAGUUUUACAGGGAUCAUACAGUUUUACCGUAAACCUGGUCUUUUUCAACUUGAAGGGCCGCAUUCUAGCUUCGUCGGCAAAUGUACGCGCUAAAACUGCCGUCAGAUUCAACUCAAUGAAUCAAACUUUAUCUCUCGACAAGUUCGAGUUACAAGUUCCAGGUAAGAUUAAAGUGAUAAUCGAAAAUAAGAACGGACUAGUGGAUUGGGUAAACACGUUUAUCGUCAAUAUCAUAACUCCGUUCUUUAAGAACACGAUUGUAAACUUCGUUCAGGAACAAGCGACGAAUGCAAUUCAAACGUACUUCAAUGAAAUAAAUAAAUCGUUAAAAGCAAGCUGGUUACUCUCGAAAAUUACGAAUAUGGAAUCAGUGCUGAACAAAAAUUGAAUGUGACUUCUUAAUACGAUAUAUGUAUAAUUUUAUAUCCUACGUUUUUAUAAAUACAUUACAUUUUUUAAA